AUAAGUAAAUAAGAGCAUAGAUAAGAGGUAUACAGCUGAUGUGCUUCUUUUUGUGUUGUGAAUAAUUCAAAAUAUUCUUUCUAGGAGUGAAAAAUAAUAAAAUACGCAUUAUUUGCUUAUUUAAAAAUGUUGAAAAGGAUUUAAUUAAUUAAAUGAUCAAUUUUCACAGGAGUAUGAAUCACUUUAAUGGCUGUCACCACUGACAUUUAAAAACAAAUUGUAUUGCGAAGACCAAUUUAAUUCCAUUUUACGGUACCUUAUUUUAAUUGUAUUUAAAAUUAUAUAUUCUAAAAUAAUCAGUCGUUCUCAAGACUAAAGUAGAAGCAUAUAUUUGUGAAUUACAAAAAUGAAUAGGUUAUUUGGAAAAGGCAAACCAAAGGAACCUGGUCCUAGCAUUACCGAUGUGAUAGCUGGGGUCGAUCAAAGAGCUGAAGGUCUUGAGAAAAAAAUCGGAUCCCUAGAUAAUGAACUUAGAAAAUUCAGAGAUCAAAUGGCUAAAAUGAGAGAAGGCCCAGCCAAAAAUGCUGUAAAAGCCAAAGCAAUGAGAGUUCUUAAGCAAAAGAAAAUCUAUGAACAACAACUGGACAAUCUUAGAGGUCAGUCUUUUAACAUGGAGCAAGCCAAUUUUGCCCAUCAAACACUCAAAGAUACCCACCAAACAGUGCUGGUAAUGAAAGAUGGGAUGAAACAAAUGAAAAAAGAAUUUAAGAAAAUUAAUGUUGAUGAUAUAGAGGAUGUACAAGAUGAGCUUGCUGAUAUGUUAGAACAAGCAGAUGAAGUUCAAGAAGCACUAGGCCGUAGUUACAACACUCCUGAAUUGGAUGAGGAUGAACUUGCUGCAGAAUUGGAUGCUCUUGGGGAUGAAAUAGCAUUGGAUGACGACACUAGCUACUUAGAUGAUGUCCUGAAAGCACCAGAAGCACCCAGUAAUAAACCCGAAGCUGCAGAUCCACAAGUUGUCAAAAAUAAGGAUGGAGUUGCAGUUGAUGAAUUUGGUUUACCACAGCUUCCAAGCCAAAACUAACACAGUUUUAUUAGUCUAUUUUAUUUAUAUUCUUUAAUUAUUAAGUGAUAAUUUUUAAUUUUGUAUUUGUAAUUAUAAACUAUAAAAUAUCUAAUAUUGCCUUAAAAUGUUAUCUUUUUCAUAGCUUCUGUCUAAUUUGUUAAAAACUGUAUACAAUUCAAGGUAAGGCACAAAUAUAUUACAAUAAAGCUUUAAA